AUGCGCGAUCUCCUUCGUAGUGGCCAUCGCCACCGAUUCGCCACACCUCCCACGCACCUCGCUCUCUUCCCCUACGCACGCACGCCUGCUUCCACUCGGCGCGGACGGCUCUCCCGCUUGCACUUGCGCGCGACAUGGGCGGCGACGGACGCUUCCCGUACCCUAAGGAGGUGUGGUCGCCUUCCGGCGGGUGGUGGGCGUUUCCGCGCGCGUGGCGUGCCAAUACCGCCGCCGCUUUCGUUCUCACCGCCGCCUUGUGCGUCCCCGUGUUUUACCUGUCGGAGAGCAAAAUGGUGCGCCACGGAAACCCCAAGGUCCGCAUUCCCUGGCGCCCGGGGCUGA